UAACAGGAAUUAAAAUUAAUUCCUAAGUAUUUCGGUUAUAGUGAUUAUACCGUAAUCAAACGUUAAAGGUCUCCUAAGAAAUGUUCUUUGGAAUUAAAUACUAAGUGUAAGCACUAGAACAUAAACCACCAGAUUGCUUGCAAAAUCUUUAUCGGCAGGAUAAAUUGGUUCACAAAACAUGAUUUUUCACAGUCAUGAUCAAAUGAACAGACUGUCAUUUUCUUCCUGUUACCGAAAAAUACACACCAGGAAGAUUUCAAGUAGAAGACACGUCACUGACAGAAUGUUCUUAAUAUUUGAAUAGAAAAGAAUUUGCUAAAGCCAAUUUAUGAAAGAGAAAUCGGGGAUGCUACUUAUUAAAUUAUUUGCCCAUAAAAGAGGGUUUAUUUUACUCGUUUAGAUUAUUUUCAAAAACAAAAGUCUCAAAAAGCAAAGGUUAGCUGAUAUUAAGAUGUAAACCGCGACAUAUAAAAUUAAUUUACCUGUGAAACUGGAGUGAAAAUGUGUUAGUUUAUCCGGUUUUUUCUUCAGUGCCUUCAGCACUUUGAUCUUAUCUGUAGUACAAGUAAACUAUAUCGUUUUCACCGAAAAAUCAUUAAAUUCUAAACAAGUUUCUAAUAGAAUCAUAAACAUUUAUUGUAUCAUAGUUUGAAAACAUUUCUGUUGAAAACGUGUCAGAGUUAAAUGCAUAUGCAUGCACAGUGCGUAACUGGAGUGCAGGUAAUAGUUCCCAACACUCCAGAGCAUGCCCAUUGAUGUACUCAUUCUUUUUUUGGCGGGUGCUUUUUGUGGAAUAACGAUAGAAAUGCCACAUUCAGAAGCUGGUUCAUAGGUCUUUUUCUGGGGUUUCAUAUUGUUACAACAGGGAACGUGCAUUUAAUUUUGCCUAUGGUAUGAAUAUGAUGUAAUUGUGUGUGGAACGUGUAUGUACGAUCCUAUCAAGAUAGCCCAUUACAUACACAGAUGCCCGUUUGUGCCAGAAACAAUUUUGCAAAGUGGGCACCUGAGUUCUUACUCCACCAGUUAAACUGAAGAGUCACCAAAAUGACCUACACAUGUGUGUGUGACGUAAUCCCCACUCUAUCCCAAAAACAAACAAUUAAAUCAAAUGCGACAUGCCAUUAACUGUAUUUGAUUUAAAUACGUUAUAGAUAGCGUUAAUACAUUUAUUAGUGUGAUUACACUGUGCUCGUUAUAGUAUAAAUAUCACCAAUGCAUUAUGUUUGCCUUAAAAUAUUGAAAUUGAAACUGAAAUGUCAAUGAAAAUAAUUGUACAUGUAUAUAAUAUAUUCCUGUUUUGUCUAGAAAAUGUCCGCUUCGCUGGCGUUUGAUUUCUCAAGACAACGAAAUUGCUACCUUGAUUAUCUUUUAUACAGUUUUUCUUCGUUAUACUCAAGUUAUAUAAACAUGAUAGGUUAGAGUGUUGAGAAAAAAUCAAUAGACUUUUUUACCCCCGUUUACUCUGUUGUUCCAAAAAUGUCCGUUGCGUAUUUUAGUCAUACCCGAUGAAUUGUGGGUAACUUCUGUACAUGUCUGGGAAAACCAACUUUCAUUUUUGCAUCAAAAGCUAAUGUGAAAAUGCAUUUUCUAGCAUAAUUGUUGUUAGAGGGUUGGUUAAAGUGUAAGUUAUUGUUAUUUUAGUUAUAAUAUUGUGAUUUGUGAGGAAAUUUGUUUACAUUUUUUUUGGACACCAAAUUACCUGUCAGACCUCAGUGUAGCCCCUUUAAGAGGGUUUAACAGACGAGUUUGAGCUAUAAUAUUUAAGAAUGAGUCGGGCAGCUCUUCCGGGCAGUCGGGGGAAGGAAAAGGACAGGUCUAACACGCGUGACCGAAGUUCUCAAAGGGAACCGAAAGUUGAUCCGGUAUUUGAAAGCAUAGAUGGACCGACACUUCAAGGUGGAGAGUUUAGCGCUGAUGAAGAAAAUACAGAAGAGGAGCUUUACCAGAUGAUUGUGAGAGAGCGGAAUAUAGCCCGAUCAUCAAAGAAUAAUGAUUCUCAAGUAAAAGGUAAACCGGGUGAACGUGUACGUGUAUGUGAACGUGUACGACGUCCAACGGAAGAAAGAGAUGAAAAUGAAGACAGAAACAAACCGGCAGAGAAGACAGUUUUUCAACAACCACAGCAACAAGAAGUUUUUACCACAGCAUUUCAGUUGCAACUCGGGAUACUUAUUGUGGUUGUAGUUUUGUCAAUCUUGUUGUCAAUCUUGGCGCAUUAUUGUUUAUUUACACAUCUGUAUCAUAUUGACAGUAAAAGCGAAUUGUCUGAUGUUGAUAUUGACAAGAAAGUGAAAGAUUCACUUGAACCUGAAGUUUUAAAGAGAGUUGCAGAAACUAAAUCAACCAAAGUUGAAAUUGAAGAGUUGUUACAAUCAACUCAUAAACUAGAUCAGGAACGUAAGGUCAUUUAUGAACAAUUAAAGAACUAUCUGGAUAGAAUAGACAAUGCUGUAAAAGACGCUUCAAAUAUUAAGACAUUAAUUCCUAACGCGGAGGAAAUGAAUCGACUUCAGAUCAUGCACUUCUUAUAUGCCUUGCUGUUUUCCCUUUCAUUUUGUAUUGGAUGUAUUGCAAAAUUAUGGAAUUGCGAAAACUGGAGCAUGCGCAGCCAAGUCAACUUAAAACGAACGAUGUAAAAAGUAACGAAGUACCUGGACGUAAGAAAAUGAAAACACUCGUGGUUUGACGUUAAUAAAAUAAUUACGAAUUUAUGUUGGAAAGCUUGAGCAAUGAGAAAAGACACUUGAAAGUAAUAUUCUAAACAUAAAAAGCUAAUUAAUAUCAGUUCGUGGAUUUUGUCACACAAAUAUUUUAGAAGCAUUUUGUAAUAUAACUUAUUUAUAAAUAAUACAUGUACAUAAUGUCCUUUAAAAAAACUUUUCUCUAUCUUCACUUAUAUUUUUCAAAUUUACUUAAUUUACAUUUACGUUUUGUGUAUGUUAAAAUAAUUAUACUCAGCAUUAUAUUUUUUUAAUAAAAUCUGUCAAGGUUUAAUAGUUUCAGAAACGGAUAAAUAAAAUGCCAUACGCCACUUUUUGGAGGAAUAAAUUGUUUUUUUUACUGGCAUGAUAAUUUCUAAAACAAUUUGAUAUUAUUUAAUAUUUCUUCAAUAUGAUAUGCUGUUAUAUUCAACUUGUGUCGCAUGUAGCUCAAAAAGCAUUUAACCUAGGGUCUUUAAACUUAAGAGGAAUGUUAAUCAGCAUGUGUUUCGCUUGUUGAUUAAACCAGUAUUUAAAGAGUUAUUGCCUUUGACUUAGUUAAAACCGUUUCAUUAUGUUGUGUUAUUUGUUCCUUGUGUGCUUGAGUUAGAAUCAAUCAACUUUAGAGAACAAUGAUCAACAUCACUGUUAAGCUAUGCACCUGGGACCUGUCUUAUCAACGAUCGUACGACCGUUUUUAUCGUACGAUUGUUGUACGUCGAUCGUACGAUUUUGGUAGUGUCAUAUCAAACGUCGCAGAUUUUCAUAAUCGUACGAUUAUCGUAAGAUCGUGCAUUUUUUCUACGAUCGCUGAGAAGCAGUCGUAGAUCAAACAAAUUGCUGCCAUGCUUCCUGUAAAUGCUACAAGGCCGUAGAAAAAGUAGUUCACAUUGUUUUUAAACUUUUUAAUGAUUACUUUGUAGAUUGACUAUGGAUAGAAAUCAAAUAAGAAUAUGUUCUGAUUUUUAAUUUUGUUUUGAAAUUUACUUUAUUGUCCCCAUUAAAAUUCUGCUGAUUAAAGUAAACAAAACUUAUAUUAGACAUUUUAUCUUAAAUUCAUAAAAGUUAAUACAAAUCAAGCACAGCUUGUCAAAAAAUCUUUUUAAUAUCACUAUUUUUUUUUAAAUUUAUAUCAUCUUAAUAAAAAAAAUCAUAAAAAAAUAUUUCUAUUCUUUAAAAUUCUAAUCUAUUAUCAAAUAUUUAUACCUACAAAUCUCUAAUAUCUUAAAAUUUUGAUCUUAAACAUAUGACUAUUGUAUAAAAACCAACACAAAUUUAAAUAUCAAAACAUGUUUCGCUUUAUUAAGUUGAUACACAAAGGAAAUGACGUAAACGUAAAAAACAAUAGACGUCACAUUUGGCGCGUAAAAGAAACGUUAUAAUAUUUCAAUAAGAUUAAACGUUUAUUACAUACUUAUAAAUGAGAUAUUGAGAACUAUAGAUGAAAUUAAAUGCGUAUUUUCAUUUUCCGUAUUUUCACUGUAAAAAUUUAUUUUUCACUGCAGUGAAACAUAUUUUCCGUAUUUUCCACACGAUGAAAAUAAU